CACCUCUGCCUCUCUCUUCUUCUUUCUCAGUAAGGAAAGUUGCUUCCACAGUGUCACGGUGAACCCUCCCAAUGGCUUCCCGGGUGCUCUUCUUGUUCUUGAGUUUUGUCUGCCAUGUCGUUACGGCGGGACGGACUUGUCCCAAGCCAGACCAAUUACCAUUUGCCACAGUUGUUCCCUUAAAAGAUGUCUAUGACCCCGGUGAGACUAUAGUGUAUUCCUGCAAGCCCGGCUAUGUGUCCCGCGGGGGCAUGAGACGCUUCACCUGCCCACUCACAGGCCUCUGGCCCAUUAACACAUUGAAGUGCACACCCAGAGUAUGCCCUUUUGCUGGGAUCUUAGAAAACGGAAUUGUGCGCUACACAACUUUUGAAUAUCCCAACACGAUCAGCUUUUCUUGCAACACCGGGUAUAUGCUGAACGGAACUGAUAAUGCGAAAUGCACUGAGGAAGGGGUGUGGAGUCCAGCCAUCCCAGUCUGUUCUCCUGUAACCUGCCCUUUUCCACCCAUACCUAACUUUGCCACACUAAGUGAUUAUAAGCCGAGGCCUGGAAAUAACUCCUUCUAUCGAGACAAGGCAGUCUUCAAAUGCUUGCCAAAGUAUGCCAUGUUUGGUAAUGACACGAUCACCUGUACAGCCCAUGGAAACUGGACGGAGUUACCUGAAUGCAGAGAUGUAAAAUGCCCAUUCCCCAAAAGACCAGAGAAUGGAUAUGUGAACCAUCCUGCAAAAGUAGCGCUUAGUUAUAAGGAUCAAGCCAAAUAUGGGUGCCAUGAUACUUAUGUCUUGGAUGGCCCGGACGAAGUAGAAUGCACCAAAUUUGGAAACUGGUCUGCACAGCCAAGCUGUAAAGCAUCUUGUAAAUUAUCUGUCAAAAAAGCUACUGUGCUGUUUAAUGGAGAAAAAGUCAAGCUCCAAGAAAAAUUUAAGAAUGGAAUGUUGCAUGGCGAAAAAGUGUCUUUCUUCUGCAAAAAUAAGGAGCAAAAAUGUAGCUACACAGUAGAUGCUCAAUGUAUUGAUGGCACCUUUGAAGUUCCCAAAUGCUUCAAGGAACACAGUUCUUUGGCUUUCUGGAAAACGGAUGCUUCAGAUAUAAAGCCAUGCUAAACUGGUUUUCAGAACAGAAGGUCACCCAUGGAUCUGGGUUUUCCCAAGGCACCUAAUGAGUGUAAAAAUAAAGAUGCAUUCGUAGCCUUA